AUGGAGAGCGGAUGUCUAGUUUCGAGCUCCGGCAAUUUUGAGAAUGUUCUUCGAGAUUUAACAGUAAGCGAUAAAGGAAAGUUCAAAUGGAGCGGCACAUUCGAAAAUUUAGAAAUUAUGAUGAACAAUAUACUUGAGAAACAGACAGUGUGGAAUUCAUACGGCGGAGAUUGCAAGAAGCUGGAGCUUGGCGACCUAUGUGUGAGAUGGUAUAUGAAGAACAAAUCGUUGACAAUCAACGGAGAGGGAAGCGAAGAUCUAAAGUUGCAGUUCAAAGCAGCUGUAUGUGUGGCGGAAUCUGAUGCUGCAGCGAGUCAACAACCCAAAGUUAGCGAGGUCGUGGAGAGUGACGACAAACCCGAAUGUGAGAGUGUAUUACUUAGUUAUAACCUUGGGAACCCUGCCACCCAAACUCCUGCCGUUUCUGCAUCUGUUCUUGAACUAGUACAGAGUGUUGAAGAACGGCUGGAAUGUAAGCUUGAAAAGUUGGCAAGCCAAAUUGAAGAACUAAGCUCAGCAAGCUUACAGCAAUUAAACCAUGAACCCAACGAUGCAUCACAAUCAACCGAGUAUAGCGCUUUUCUAAAGAGCGAAAAUACUUCAUUAAAAAAACAAAACAUGGUGCUCGCUGAACAAGUUAAUGGCUUUAAAAUGAUGAUAUCGGAUUUGAAGACGAAGAUAAAAGAUUUGGACAACUAGAAGAACAGCUUAGUUACAACGAUAAAGAUUUUACAGGAAGGUAAAAAAUGUGAAGAGACCGGACCAUUGAAUGCUGUUAAAAGACAAAGUGAUAAUUCCCCAGCGGCAAAAAGCAAUUCAAGCAGAGCGGUAUGCACUAGCGGUAUACAAACUCAGAAUCGCUACUCUAUUUUAAGUGAAAUUGAUAACGACGGCGAAGACACUUUAUCGAGCCAAAAGAGAUCUGAGAGUGGAAUAACUCCAGUUGCAAAGGACACCGUAACUGUAACAGAAAACUCGGGAACGGAAAACAGUAAAGACAUGGAUUACAGGUCAUCAGAAAUUGUCCUUAUUGGGGAUUCCAUCAUUAAACAUAUUGACCCAAAAAAGCUUGCAAAGAGGAAAGUGAGCAAAUACACGUAUCCGGGGAAAUCUGCAGAAGACAUCGAAGCGGAACUUGGAACAAUCAAAGUCAAUUCGACGCCCUCGCACAUAACUAUUCACGCUGGGACAAAUAAUAUACCAGCUGAUUCAGCUGAGGUAUGUGUCAGGAAAAUUGAAAGCCUUGUUCUUAAGACCAAAUCCAAAUUUCCAGAUUCAAAAAUUGGAUGAUUUUUCCAUAAACGACUGGAAAUUAGCUCGAGUAUCUCCGAUUUAUAAAUCAGAAGACCGAAAAAAGUGUGAAAAUUACCGUCCAAUUUCGAUUCUACCCAUUAUAAGCAAAGUAUUCGAAAGAGAAGUGUUUACUCAAAUUUAUAAAUAUCUGAAUGAAAACUCGCUAUUAUCAAAGUCUCAAUCAGGAUUUCGACCAAAACAUGGAACUGUGGGCGUGCUUAUUCAGAUGUGUGACCAAUGGCUAAGUGAUAUGGAUAAAGGCAAAAUAAAUGGAGUAGUAUUUUUGGAUAUUCGCAAAGCGUUUGAUUCUAUUAACCAUAAGAUUUUAUUGAGAAAGCUAAAAAAUCAAUUUGGCAUACAUGAUAUUGAACUGAAAUGGUUUGAGUCCUACCUAACGAAUAGAGAGCAAGUUUGCUUGGUAAAUGGCCACACAUCCUUACCGAAGAAAAUAAGAUGCGGUGUCCCCCAGGGUUCAAUUCUAGGACCAUUGUUAUUUUUACUUUAUGUAAACGACAUGCCAGAUCACUUGAAAAAAACAACUCCGUAUCUCUAUGCAGAUGAUACUCAAAUUUCGUCUUCCUCAUAUGAUUUUGAAACAUAUAUUAGCUCAAAAUUUAAAUGA